AUUUUAUUGCAUAUCGAAUCAACUUAAACUGAAAGAGAAAAAAUGAUUUAAUUAGUUAUUUCAUGUAUUAGCAACAUUUUAGGAGCAGUAGCAGCUGCUUUCUUUAUUUGAUUAAAAGGAUUCUCUGGAAAAAACUAUUUAAUAAUAUUCUUUCUAUCAAAAGCUACAGCAAUAUUAAUGUCAUUUUAUGAUAUAGAAUAUCAUUUCAGAUAUUGGGCAACUUUUUCUAAGUUUUACUUAUCAAUGAAAUUCAUUUUCUAGUAUCAAAAUGAAAUUAAUUUAGAUUUUAAUAUAAGGCUGAAGUUAUACCCAAGUAAAAAUGGAACAUUAGUAGUAUGAAUGGCUCAUGAAA